AUGAAUACCGGUUUAACUGCUGGAAUGGCUCUCAUCAAAACGAAAACGCCACAUGACCCCAAGAAAGAACUGCGGGAUCGAUUAGAAGAAAUAGUUUACCUUUCAGAGAAGUGAUCAUUUACAUAUCGAUAUAACCCAACAAUUAAAAGCUGUUUAGGCUAAAUCACGCAAAAGCAACGUGUGUGCAUUUGGAUAAAGAACGACAAAGAUACCGAGAAGCGGGAAGACAAAUCAAAGAGGUCAGAAUAUUCAAUAAAAGCAAGAAAUCAAUUGAAUUCCGUUCAGAAGGAUAUUGAUCCAGUGUGGGUAUACAACGGCACAUGUUUCCUACAGACCUCGCAGAAGAACAGUCUGAAGAUUCUGGAGAAAGACACUCAGACUGUCGAAGACGUCCGCGAGCAAAUCAAUAAAGUCAUCAAAGUUGUUUUGGUGUGUUCGUAAUAGUGCAGAUGUUCUCAUUGCAGCAAGACACGGACACUUUCCUCAAAUUGCACAAACAGAGAAACCUGACAGAGAGAGGAUUCAAUCUGAAACCGGUGCUCAGAAACGGGAAAUUAACAGACUAA